CGAAGACAAUGCUGCUGAAUGACAUCAGCAAAAUGUCGGCCUUGGGACAGACCAGUGGAGUAGAAGCAUACCACAGUGUUCUGAACCACUUUGCCCCGAAGAUGAUUAAAUUCUCGCACAGCGGAAUGUAUAGUAGGCUCCGUCUUGCUGCUCUCCAUUAUAAUGAGAAUGCUGGUAGACCUCCGGCUAUAACAAUGGCUGGUGAAAAUCGCUACAAGAUCGACUUUCCAAAGUACAAGGCCGGGGGAUAUGCAGUCAAGAAAAUCCUAGUUGGAGCAACAUACAACUACGUUGAAGACUGCUUUCAGAAUCUAAUGGAACUUGUGUACACACAGCGAACCAUUACAAGCAGACCAGAGCCACCGCCACUUUCUGCAUCAUUUGUAAAGCCAGAUAUGAGGGAGGCAGUUACAGCUUUUAGAUCACGCUUCAAUCACGUCUGAAUCAGAGUUGUGGAUUCUCCUGAACCCCUGCUGCC